UGUAGUAGUUGCUGCGUUUAAAAUGGCCGCUUUUUCAUAAUCCUGUUCAGUUCGAUCCAAGUUUUAUGUCGUGAAAAACAGUGCUCUGGUGUGGAAUUACAGUGUCAAAUGUACUCCAAUUUAAUUUAUUUUAUAUAAUUGAGCAUAUAAAGUUUUAUUCAAAAAGUAUCAAUGCAAUUCUGACUCAUGCUAACCUAACUUGAGGAUUCUCUAAUGAAGAACAAAUAAUUUAAAGAAUUGAUAAAAACCUGCUGAAAAAUGAUGGGUGACUCCGAUGAUGAUGAUAGGGAUUAUGAGGCAGGCAUGAAUAUCACUGGUUUUUUAUUCGGUAAUAUCGAUGAAAACGGUCAAUUGGAGGAUGACAUUCUGGAUAAUGAUGCCAAGCAACAUUUGGCAUCUCUCGGUCGCCUGGGUCUUGGUUCAUUCUUGGAUGAAAUGAUCUCCCAUGAUUCAAAUGAUGAGAAGUCGAAGGAAAAUAAUGAAGUAACCGUUAAAAAUGAGAACGAAAAUGACAGAGAUGACAUUGAUUAUCAAAACAAAUCCCCAACAGCUGAGGAUUUUUCGGAGAUCAAUGAAUUGGCAGAUGAAAUAGGCGAAGAAAAUGUUGAAAUAAAUGGAAAGAUAAAAACAGAGAAAGAUUGCAGUGAUUACGAUGCAGAUGACGAAGAGAAUGUGAACAAAUUGGAUAAGCAAUUGAUGCCACCACCUCCAGUACCUGAGGAAAGAGAGUCUUUGACCCCCGAGGAGGCAGAGGCGGCUCGACAGAGAAGACUGGAAACACCCUUAGCAUCAAUGUUACCUUCAAAAUACGCCAAUAUUGAUGUAACGGAAAUUUUUCCAGAUUUUCGCCCCAACAAAGUUCUCAGAUUUUCACGGUUAUUUGGCCCUGGCAAGCCAAGCAGUCUCCCACAGAUCUGGCGAGGAGUUAGAAGGAGAAGAAAGAAGAAAAGGCAUCAUGACACACGUGACUCGGAUUCUGGUUCAGAUCAGGACGAGAGGAGGCUCAAGUUCAAAGGUUGGAAAAUGAAUUAUGGCCAAGAGGCCCCACCGGAGGUCAUUGCCUCUGACGAUGAAGCGAAAUUAUUGAGACCAAUGGAGGAUAAAGAGCAAGGUGGUAAGGCUGGUGAGUCCGGGGACAAUGGGGAUAUGGAGCCAAAAGUUGCUGAUUGGCGAUUUGGACCAGCACAAAUAUGGUACGAUAUGUUGGAAGUGCCUGAAACUGGUGAUGGCUUCAAUUAUGGAUUCAAAAUAAGUGAAAAGAAAAAUUAUCCAUCAAAUGGCACAGAGAGACCGCAAGAUGAAGACGAAGCGUUUGCAGAUGAUGCAUUUUUAAUGGUCUCCCAACUACACUGGGAGGAUGACGUUAUCUGGAAUGGGGACGAGAUUAAGCAUAAAGUAAUGCAGAAACUGAAUAGUAAGAAUAAUUUGGCUGGCUGGGUGCCAUCAAGUGGUAACAGAACAGCCCAAGCAUUUAGUCAACCAGGAAAAGGCACUUCAGUUCCAGUUGCUUCAAAUGUUCGUCUAGCAACAUCUCAAAUUUCCACACCUCUUCACAUGCAGUCGCAGAAGAAUAAUAGGAUAGGAUUAUACAUGAUUUUUCACAUUCAUGAAUUCCAGCACGCCGAAGAGAUGAAGAGACGCACUCUUCUCCUGAAAGUUCCUAAAGAAGCAGUCAGUGCGAAAAAACGACGAAGAGCCACCGGUGACGAUCACUGUGACUACCUCAAGAAACAUCAAAGACCGGCUAACAGACGCAGAACUGAUCCAGUUGUCGUGAUGUCAACGAUUCUUGAGAGCAUUCUCAACGAAAUGCGUGAUCUCCCUGAUGUUCAACCAUUCUUAUUCCCAGUCAGUGCAAAAGCUGUCCCAGAUUACUAUAAAAUCAUCCAGCGUCCCAUGGACCUUCAGACCAUCAGAGAGAAUCUUCGACAGAAAAAAUAUCAGAGCAGAGAAGAAUUUUUGGCUGAUGUCAAUCAAAUUGUCGAAAAUUCGAAUUUAUAUAAUGGUUCAAAGAGUUCUCUGACAGUUGCUGCGAAAAGGAUGCUCGAUAUGUGUGUAGAAAGACUUGGAGAGAAGGAAGACAGACUAAUGAGGCUGGAAAAAGCGAUAAAUCCCCUGCUAGAUGAUAAUGACCAGGUGGCGCUUACAUUUAUUCUUGACAAUGUCGUCAAUAGUAAACUGAAAACCAUGGCUGAAGCCUGGCCUUUCCUCAGGCCGGUGAACAAAAAAUUGGUCAAAGAUUACUACAAUGUAAUUAAAAGACCUAUGGAUCUCGAAGCUAUUUCUAAAAAAGUGUCUGCACAUAAAUACCACAGCCGUCAUGAAUUUGUCCGAGAUGUUGAACAAAUUCUAGAGAACUGCGUUCAAUACAAUGGAAAAGAUUCCACGUAUACGAUGAAGGCAGAGGUUUUAGUGAAAAUUUGCAAAGAAACACUGGACGAGUACGACGAUCACCUUACACAACUGGAAAAUAAUAUUUCUCUGGUUCAGCAACGUGCAAUGGAGCAAGCAGACAUGGACUCCUCUUGGCUAGGCCCUGAAGAAGAGAACUAUACCAUUGCUGAGCCAGAAUAUCGAAGUAGCCAGACCAAUUCUCCAGACAAUCCAUUCGGCAAGUCCAGUAUAGAUGACUUCGAUUUUGUUGAUGUUGAAGGGGAUAUCGAGGCAGAACUCAAUGCGAGAACUGCUCAUGCUAAGAAAAAAGAUGUUCUCGAGGAGGACUUACAA